UCUGAAGCCAACUUUUCCUUUUAAAACCAUUUUAGUCUCAUUUCAUUUCACACUCUUCACUCUCUAAUAUCCAUCUUCCCAAGGUCACCACCUUUACCUUUCUUCAACCCUAAGCUUUUUAGCUACUCUCCCAUGGCUUUUUCAGCUUCUUCCAACACUAAAAGGUAAGCCCUUCACUCAGUGUCUGCAUUCUCCAACGGUCAUAUUAUGUUCAUCUUGGUUUUGCUAGUUCUGCUUGUUCUCCAUAGCAAUGGAGUUACUUCUUUGAACAGUGAAGGCUAUGCUUUGUUGUCAUUUAAACAGUCCAUUAAUGAAGACCCACAAGGGUCCUUAACUAACUGGAACUCAUCUGAUGAAAACCCUUGUUCUUGGAAUGGGAUUACAUGCAAAGACCUUAGAGUUGUCUCUGUUAGUAUCCCAAAACAGAAGCUUUUUGGGUUUCUUCCUGCUUCUUUAGGGUCUCUCACUGACCUUAGACAUGUUAAUUUGAGGAAUAACAGGUUCUUUGGUAGCUUACCUUCCCAGCUUUUUCAAGCUCAAGGUCUCCAAAGCUUGGUUCUUUAUGGAAAUUCUUUAUCUGGGCCUUUGCCUAAUGAGUUUGGUAAGCUUAAGUAUCUUCAGAGUUUGGAUUUGUCUCAGAAUUUCUUUAAUGGGUCAGUUCCUAUGUCAAUUGUUCAAUGUAAGAGACUUAGAUCUCUUGAUCUUAGCCAGAAUAAUUUCACUGGUUCUUUGCCAGAUGGAUUUGGUUCUGGUCUUGGUUCACUUGAAAAGCUUGAUCUUUCAUUUAACAAAUUUAGUGGUUUGAUUCCUAGUGAUAUGGGGAAUCUGUCUAGUUUGCAAGGAACUGUAGAUUUGUCUCAUAAUCACUUUACUGGUUCUAUUCCAGCUAGUCUUGGAAACCUUCCCGAGAAGGUUUAUAUUGAUUUAACUUAUAAUAAUUUGAGUGGUCCGAUACCGCAAAACGGUGCUCUCAUGAAUAGAGGACCGACGGCGUUUAUUGGCAAUCCUGCGCUAUGCGGUCCUCCUUUGAAGAAUCCUUGUUCUUCGGAAACUCCCGGUGCAAAUGCACCUUCGUCGAUACCUUUUUUGCCUAAUAAUAAUUAUCCACCGCAAGAUUCGAAUAAUCACGGUGGAAAGAGGGGGAAGGGAAAGGAACUGAGUAAGAGUGCGGUUAUUGCAAUAAUUGUGAGUGAUGUGAUUGGAAUUUGCCUGGUUGGAUUGUUGUGUUCGUAUUGUUAUUCAAGAGUUUGUGCGUGCGGAAAGGAUAAAGAUGAAAGUGGUUAUGUUAUCGACAAGAGAGGAAAGGGAAGGAAGAAGUGUUUGUGCUUUAGGAAGGACGGUUCUGAAAUGUCUGAGAAUAUGGAGCAGUAUGAUCUUGUUCCGCUGGAUACGCAGGUGGCGUUUGAUUUGGAUGAGCUACUUAAGGCUUCAGCUUUUGUUUUGGGAAAGAGUGGAAUUGGCAUUGUGUACAAAGUGGUGCUUGAAGAUGGGCUCACUCUUGCCGUGAGAAGAUUGGGCGAAGGGGGUUCUCAAAGGUUUAAGGAAUUUCAGACAGAAGUAGAAGCGAUCGGCAAGCUAAAGCAUCCGAAUAUUGUAACUCUUAGAGCAUAUUACUGGUCUGUUGAUGAGAAGUUGCUAAUUUAUCAUUACAUACCCAAUGGAAGCCUAUUAACUGCUCUUCAUGGAAAACCUGGGAUGGUUUCAUUUACACCGUUGUCUUGGACAAUGCGGUUGAAAAUCAUAAAGGGGAUUGCAAAAGGAUUGGUUUAUCUGCAUGAGUUCAGCCCGAAGAAGUACGUUCACGGAGAUCUGAAACCAAGUAACAUACUUCUUGGACACGACAUGGAACCACAGAUUGCUGACUUUGGACUCGGUCGCCUAGCAAAUAUCGCUGGAGGUUCCCCAAUACAAUCUAAUAGAGUUACUGCAGAGAAACCACAAGAAAAACAGCUAAAGAGCGCAGCCAGCUCAGAAGUUGCCACAAUUUCAUCUAUGAACAUGGGUUCAUAUUAUCAGGCCCCUGAAGCGCUUAAGAUGGUGAAACCGUCACAAAAAUGGGACGUUUACUCUUUCGGAGUGAUGUUACUAGAAAUGAUCACAGGAAAAUCCCCCGUGGUCCAUGUUGACACCUCCGAAAUGGAUCUUGUCCAGUGGAUUCAAGCAUGCAUUGAAGAGCAAAAGCCGCUUUCAGAUGUUUUAGAUCCGUAUUUAGCGCCAGACAUCGACAAGGAAGAGGAGAUUAUCACAGUUUUAAAGAUAACAAUGGCUUGUGUUCAUAGUAGCCCUGAACGGAGACCAACAAUGAGACACGUAUCCGAUGUUUUAAGCAGAUUGGUUAUAUCAUCUGACCGAGAAACUUAAUGAAAAAGGUAUCAUCAAUUGUUGAACAAACUGUGUAAUUUGUGUAUUUGUUCUUGGUAGGAUUGUUUUGUUUUUGGUUCUAUGUCAUGGCAUGAAGGGUAGUUAGGUGAUGGUGGGUCUGGUUUAAGUGCAAGUUAUGAGAAUUUGGUACUGCUUUUGUAAGAGAUGGGUUUGGUAGUGUAUAUGUAAAAGGAAAGAAUGUUCUGUUUUUCUUAUUUCAGACCUUUGUCAUUUUUCUUA